AUGCGCAGCGAUUCAUUGCUUUUCGCAGUCAAACGCGCAUUUCAGCACGCCCUCGACCAGCUGCUGCAGCCGCACAACGCGGCCGCCGAGGCUCAAGUCGUUCGCGCGAACCCGAAAUUCGGCGACUACCAGUGCAACAGCGCGCUGACGCUUAUGCGCUCCGCGCUGCCGCAGCAGCUCGGCGUCAACUGCGCAGCGCAGCUGGCGGAAAAAAUUGUCGCCUCGCUGGACUCCGAGCUGUUCAGCGAGGUUGUUGCGAACAAGCAGGGUUUCAUCACGGUGCGCAUCUCGAGCGCGCAGCUCGCCGCGUUUGUCAAGCGAUUGCUGCUCGACUCGCCGGCAGUGGCCGUGCAGCGCGCAGAACCUCUCACGGUGUGCGUGGACUUCUCGAGCCCGAACAUCGCCAAAGAAAUGCACGUCGGGCAUUUGCGAUCCACCGUGCAUGGAGCUGCGCUGUCGAACUUGCUCGAGUUUCUCGGGCACAAAGUGCGGCGCAUCAACCACGUCGGCGACUGGGGCACGCAGUUUGGCAUGAUCAUCGAGCACUUGGUGCGCUUUGAGCCGGAGUUUUUCAGCAGCACGUACAGCCUGAGCCAGCUGAACGCGAUCUACAAGGCGAGCAAGGCGCGCUUCGACUCCGACGAGCAGUUCAAGCAAAGCGCGCGCAAGCGCGUCGUGCUGCUGCAGUCCGGCGACGCAGACUCGCUCGCUUACUGGCGCAAGCUCGUGGAUUUAUCGACUAGCGCCUUUGAGAGCAUCUACGAGCGGCUCGACGUGCACCUGGAGUUGUGCGGCGAGUCGUUCUACAACUCUCAGCUGAGUAGCGUCGCGGACGAGUGCGCACGGAAAGGCUUCUUAAGCGAGGCCGACGGCGCAAUGGUCUUCUUUCUCGAGGCGGAGGGAAAAAUCAACUUGAACGAGGUCCCGCUCUUCGUGACCAAGGCGGACGGCGGCUACGGGUACGACUCGACGGACCUGGCCGCGAUCCGUCACCGUUUGUGUACCGAGCGCUUCGACUGGGUCAUUUACGUCACCGACCUAGGGCAGCGCAACCACUUUCUCGGCAUUUUCCAGGCUGCGCGCAAACUCGGCUGGUUGCAGCCGACGAAGCACCGCGCGGACCAUGUGGGGCUCGGGCUCGUGUGCGGCGCGGACGGCAAAAAGUUCCGCACGCGCAGCGGCGAGACUGUGCGGCUCGUCGACCUGUUGGACGAAGCGGAGCGGCGCGCCUUCGAAGAAUGCGUGCUCCGCGCGCAGCAGCGCGGCGAGACCGAGCAGCGUGACGAAGCCGAACUGCACGCUGUGGCGAAGACCCUCGGCAUUGCGGCGCUCAAGUACUUCGACAUGAACCAAGUCUGCAGCAGCAACUACUCGUUCGACUACGACAAAAUGCUGGAGCGCAAAGGCAACACGGCGGUCUACAUUCUCUACACCUACGCGCGCAUGGUGUCCGUGAUGCGGACGGUCGACGCGGCUGCGGACCCGCAGACGCACUGCGCGCCGGCCGCGGCGCUUGCGCAUGCCUCCGAGCCCGAGCGCAAGCUGCUGCUGCACCUCGCGCGCUUCGAAGAAGCGUUGGACGAGACGACGCAAACGCUGUCCAUGCACAAAUUGUGCGACUUCGCCUACUCGCUCUGCGUCUUGUUCUCCGAGUUCUACGAGAACUGCCGGUCGUCAGUUUCGACUGCAGCGAACGAAACACAAAUAAUUCCUUCUGUAUCGCUUGGAGAUGACCCAAGCUAG